AGAAAUAUGAUAUCCUACACAAAAGAGGCUGCCUGAGAGAAUUACUUAAUUAGUCAGAAUGAUGAUGGCAGCUGCUCCAACAGCCACAGGGAGCACAGCCACUGCUUCGUUGCUCCGGCUGCGCACUCCCUCUGCUUCCUUGCCCCUCGCUGCUCGUAUUCGAACUUCAGGCAGGCUAAGCUUUAUAACUAGAAAGCAGUCUGUUGUCUUCUGCUCUCUCCCAAAUACUCGACAAACCGCAGUGACAGAACAUGAAACUGACAGUAGCAGCACCAGAAGAAGAGAAGUAAUACUUCAGAUGGCUUUCUCUGCAAUUUUUCAAGUUGGCACUGCUGCUGUUUCUUCACCUGCUCUAGCACUUGAUGAUGUUCCUGCAGACUUUCGCAUCUACUCUGACGAUGUUAACAAGUACAAGAUUUCUAUCCCUCAAGAAUGGCAAGUUGGAGCUGGGGAGACAGAUGGAAUCAAAUCCAUUACAGCAUUUUAUCCUGAAGAGACUUCUACUUCAAAUGUCAGUGUGGUGAUCACUGGAAUUGGUCCCGAUUUUACAAAAUUGGAGUCUUUUGGCAAUGUAGAUGCUUUUGCAGAAAGUCUGGUUAAUGGAUUGGACAGAAGUUGGAAGAGGCCUCCUGGGAUCGCAGCAAAACUCAUAGAUUGUAAAGCUAAACGCGGACUUUAUUAUAUUGAGUACACGCUCCAAAAUCCUGGGGAAAGUCGCCGGCACAUCUACUCUGCAAUAGGGAUGGCGAACAAUGGCUGGUAUAACAGGCUGUACACAGUUACUGGCCAGUUUCUGGAAGAAGAAUCUGAUAAAUUUGGAUCCGAGAUUGAAAAGGCUGUCCAAUCAUUUAGAUUAGGCUGAUGGAAGAGAGUCUUCCUAAGCAGUAACUGAUGCUGUCAUUAGCCUAGUACAGGAAAAGGUGUUUGUGCUCUUUCUUAAAUAAUCUUACUGUAUAUAUUCAUCAAUUUUGAGGUUAAAAAUAAUCAUCCAAUUGUGAGUAUAUUAUUCAACUGGCUAUGCUGCAUAAUGUUGCCGCUCACACAGGUAGAAACUAUCACACUGUUUGUCAGACAACAGAUCAGUUAUGCUGAGUUUUUUUUUCCUUUUUUGUUUAUGUAUGAAACUAAAUCAAUUCUUCUGCUGAAUAUAAUAUAAUAUAAAUAAAAUAGCUGUAUUUAACA